AUGUAUCAGGAAAAGCGGGCGCUGACGGGAAUGCAAGCGCACCGCAUCGGCACAUCAGCAUAUUGGCACCAUAAUCAGCAUCAGCAGCCUCAGCAGUUUACUACAAUUCGGAAGCGACGAUAUGCUGGCCUGCCGGAAACGUCUGAGCGUGGACAAAUUCUCUUUCCGAGAACCCACUCACUUACCACUCCAGCUGACGAAACCUUUCGGCCGUGGUGCGAAAGCGGUAUGUAUGUAAACGUCAACGACCGGGGGCCAUGGGGUGUGUCAGUAGGUCGCAACGGCAGUCCUGGGCCCUGGCUUCAGUUGGUCAGCUCCAUCUAA